AAAAUGAUACUUAAACCUCGUACGACUCCAACCCGAUUCUUCAUUCCAAACCUAUAUCCUCUCUCCAACCAAACGAAACCCACUUUAAAGGAUUCAUCCCAAAUCUGGACACCUGAAUUGCCCCCUUUUGGUAAAAUUUGUGGAAAAUUGAAAACUCAAAGUUUCGGGUCUCUGCAGUUGGUCAAAAGCAAGGGAGGGGAAAUGUUAUGCCGUCGAAGUUUCUUGUCCUCUCUGAAGCACCACCGAGCCACUGGGUCCCUCUACCAUCAUUGCCGUGUAUUACACAAUGGUCCAGACACACUCGAGGAGUUAUUAGACAGACACAUCAUCGAGAAAAAAGAUAAAUCCCGUGAUAAUGAUGAAAAUGAAAUUGUAGCUCGACAGAGGCUCUCUAGUACUCGUCGAGAGGCACUGAGUCUCUAUCGCGAUAUAAUUCGGGCUACCCGAUUCUUCAUGUGGCCUGAUGCCCGAGGUGUUUUGUGGCGUGACAUUCUCCGAGAGAAUGCACGAAAGGAGUUUGAAGAUGCCAAAUUUGAGAAAGAUCCAGAAAUCAUCACCAAACUGCUCAUUGGUGGAAGAGAAGCUGUAGAAUCAGCGAUUGACAAACUCGUAGAGAAGCAAAAGCAGCAGAUUGAGAAGGAGAAUAGUAAUCGUGAUCGUCACUAAUUGGUAUAACAGUAUGUGUAAGUUUUGGGCCUCUGAUGACCCACUUGACAGCUUCAACAAGUACUCUUCUCUGAUCCUAAAUCUGUUCAAAUCAAGACGUGAGAGCAUCAAGAAUGAAAUAUUCCAAAAUCAAAAUUAUACCUGGGGAUAAUCUCCAUUCAGAGUUCUUAUACAAUGUCAAUAGAAAGUCGUUUACAAAUCGGAUUUUGUUGUAUAGCAUCCACUUUGCAAUGGAUUAUAUAAACCACCUGACUAGUUGAAGUUUUAGUUUAUGGACUUGGUCUAUGCACUAGUUAAUGAACAUUUUUCUCCGCAAACCAGCUACAAAUUCUGUGACCUGUUGCUCAAAUAUUCUUAGAGCUUUAAUUGACCCGGUCUGUAAUAUAUAUUCUUUAAAUGGUGUGAUUAGUGUUUAUGAGUCUAA